AGACAAGCACAGCUGCGUCUUGGAGGAGCUUGUAAACCCAACACAUCCUCCUGAUUGGCUCGGCUCGCGAGCACACAUAGUGGCCACCUCCGUGCAGUUCUGCUUUUCCGCUCUUAACGUCGUUCUUCCUACAGUAUAGGCUCUUUGCAGAAGGCAGGGGUCCAGAAGGCAAGAGUCUGAAACGGUCUGAAGAUGCCUCCCCUAUCUGCAGUCGUACUCUUGGGAUGUGCCUGCCUGGCAAUGUCACAAGCUACGGUUGGAGGUUGGCAGAAGCAGGACCGCGUGUCUCAAAAGUUGUACAUGAGCCUGGCUGAUUACGUCGUGUCCCGACAAACUGAAGGGCUGCAGUAUUACGAUGUUGUUGUCGACCUCCUGGAAGUCCAGACUCAGGUCGUUGCUGGAAUUAACUACAAAGUGAAGGUGCUGGUGGCACCAACGGAUUGCGAAGUCGGAGUGCAUGAAUACAGCAGAGAACGUUGUCAUCCACAAAAGGGCGCUCCUACUAAGGUCUGCGUCGUACAGUUCAAGGAAGGUUUGCCGAGGUCUCCGGACGCAGGAUUAUCCUUCACUUCGUAUUCAUGUGAAGCCGAAAAAGCGCACGUACAAGAUAUGCGUCAUUAUUAAAAUAUGUCCAGAAACUGC